CGUCGCCGAGGACAGUGACGAGCUCGGUGUUAAGCUGUUGUGUGUAUUGUGUCGGAGCUUGUCUCUCUGUUUUGUUGACUUUUUAUCAGAUAAUUUGUCUUCGCGAUUACUCUUCCAAGUGAAAACCAAACAUGAACCCCGUCGCAUCCGUCACUUCUUGACGUACAACCGGGUUAUCGAAGAGUUUCAGUCAACGAGCGUUCGCGGAUCGUUUGCGGAAGUAUCACAUCGAAACCGGCACAUCUCUCCGGCAUGGGGCGCACAGUGACCGUAGCCGUGUGCACGUUGAAUCAAUGGGCGAUGGACUUUGAGGGAAACCACAGGAGGAUUUUGCAGAGCAUACAAGAGGCGAAGGAUGCCGGCGCCACUUACAGAAGCGGCCCGGAACUGGAGAUCUGCGGUUACAGCUGCGAGGAUCACUUUUACGAGUCGGACACGUUGCUCCACAGCUGGGAGGUUUUGGGACGGCUUUUGCAGAACAGAAUUUGCGAGAACAUUCUGAUCGACGUGGGCAUGCCCGUGAUGCACAAGAACGUGACGUACAACUGCAGAGUGGCGUUUCUCAAUCGACAGAUCUUGCUGAUAAGACCGAAGAUGCGUCUGUGCGAGGACGGCAAUUAUCGGGAAAGCAGAUGGUUCUCGCCUUGGACUAAAGAACGCACGGUUGAGGAUUACUUCCUGCCGCGGAUGAUAUCGCAAAUCACCGGUACCAGUCUGGUGCCGUUCGGCGACGCGGUUAUCGCGACCAGGGACACGUGCGUCGGUUUCGAGAUAUGCGAGGAACUCUGGCACCCAGCCAGCAAUCACGUACCGAUGUCGUUGGACGGCGUGGAGAUUAUCGCUAACGGAAGCGGUUCCUACUUCGAACUGCGAAAGGCUUACGUCACCGUGGACCUGGUGAAGUCGGCGACCUUCAAAGCUGGCGGUUGUUACAUGUUCAGCAACUUGCGCGGAUGCGACGGCGGUCGGCUCUACUUCAACGGUGGCUCCAGCGUCACGCUUAACGGCAACAUAUUGAAUCGCGGGAAGCAAUUUGCGCUCGAAGACGUGGAGGUGACCGUCGCCACGUUCGAUCUCGAGGACAUUAGAAAUUAUCGGAACAGUAUAAGAUCGCGGUCGCACACAGCAGCCGCAACGCCGAGUUAUCCGCGUGUUAAAAUCGAGUUCGCGCUCACGGCGGAGAAUCUCAUCUCGAAUCCACCGGAUCGACCGAUCGACGGCGCUCAAGACAUCUACGGCGACGACAACGGUCAGUCGAAGCUCGUGUAUCACACCGCGGAGGAAGAGAUCGCAAUGGCACCCGCGUGUUGGCUGUGGGAUUAUCUGAGACGAUCUUGUCAAGGAGGAUUUUUCCUACCAUUGAGCGGUGGCGUCGACUCGUCGUCUUCAGCGUGCAUAGUGUAUUCCAUGUGUGUGAUGAUUGUCGAAGCGGUCAACAAAGGAGACACGCAGGUGUUGGCCGACGUUAGGAGAAUAGUUGGCGAUUGCGAGUACGUGCCGACCGAUCCGCGCGAAUUGUGCAACAACAUUCUGGUCACGUGCUACAUGGGAACGGAGAACUCGUCGUCGGAAACGAAGAACCGAGCGGCCGAACUGGCGAGUCAAAUAGGCUCGUAUCAUCACGGUAUUGUCAUAGACACCGCGAUAUCCGCGAUCUUAGGAAUUUUCCAGCAGGUCACCAAGUUGACACCGAGAUUCAGAGUGCAGGGGGGUUCACCUCGGGAAAACCUGGCCCUGCAGAACGUACAGGCCCGGUUACGAAUGGUGGUCGCUUAUUUAUUUGCUCAAUUGAUGUUGUGGGUGAGAGGUCGUCCAGGUGGUCUGUUAGUGUUGGGCAGCGGUAACGUCGACGAGGCCUUGCGAGGUUAUCUCACCAAAUACGACUGCAGCAGCGCCGACAUUAACCCUAUUGGUGGCAUCGCGAAGAACGAUCUAAAAAAGUUUCUGCGAUAUUUCAGACGCAAGCAAGGUAUAUCCGCACUGGAUAGCAUUCUUGAAGCGCCACCCACCGCGGAACUGGAGCCACUGCAGGCGGGACAGCUCGCGCAAAUGGACGAAGUAGACAUGGGCAUGACGUAUAACGAGCUGUCGGUCUUCGGACGGCUGAGGAAACAGAGCUGCGCCGGGCCUUUUUCAAUGUUCUGCAGACUUGUACACGUGUGGAAUCACUGCACCCCGAAAGAAGUUGCCGAUAAGGUAAAAUAUUUCUAUCGGUGUUACGCUGUGAAUCGUCACAAAAUGACGGUUCUAACGCCAUCCUGCCACGCGGAAACCUACAGCCCCGACGAUAAUCGAUUCGAUCAUCGUCCCUUCCUCUACAACGCUUCCUGGAAGUGGCAAUUCGCGGCGAUCGACGAACAGGUCAAACGACUUAGCGAAGAGAAUCAACCCAGACCGGAUUAUAGAUCUCCACCGAGAGUGAUCGGCGCCAAACCCAAAUACAUGUUCAACUCCGUGAUCAGCAAUAAGACGCAUGUUGGAGUAGUAGUUUAAGCCGUAGCCGUAGCACUCUCUUAUCAUUUUGACAUUGCAGCGUUGCAACAGACCGCAAAAGGGAUGCGAUUUUUUUCUCGGGAAAAAAAAAUCGAUUGCGAACCUCAUCGUCGAACAGUCUUAUUGCCUCUUUGUAGGAUCGUAUAAUAAAAACAAACUUCCAUUAAAGAUACGUACGUUACAAGAGAGAUAUAGAGAAUAAGACGUACGGUGCAAACACACACCGUGAAACGGAUGUUUUUUUGUGAAAAAGUUGAUGUAAAAAAAACAAACAAACAAACAGAAUCUGAAAAAAAAAACGA